GCGUGACGUUAGCGCGUGCGCGUAGUGCACUGCUGGCGGAAGGUCGCAGCGGUGACCGGUCGUGCAGCUGACGCCAUGUUGUCCGUGGCUGCCCGCGCCGGGCCCUUCGCGCCGUUCCUAUCCGCCGCGGCGCACGCCGUGCCCGGCCCGAGGAAGCCGCUGGCGGCGGCCGUGGCGCGUCGGGCCGAGAAGGUGCCGCUGGACCUGAAGGGGCCACUGCUGUGCCGGGAGUCCCUGAGUGGACGGUCUGCCCGGGGGGGGCUCGUUGCCGGCGCCAGCCUCAACGCACCCGCCACUGUUCGUUAUGUCCAUAAUGAUGUUGCAGUACCCGACUUCUCUGCCUAUCGUCGCCAAGACGUGCUAGAUCCCACCACAUCUUCUCAAAGCAGCAGUGAAUCUAGAAAAGGGUUUUCUUACCUUCUGACUGCAACAACGUGUGUAGCAACUGCCUACACUGCUAAGAAUGUUGUCACCCAGUUUAUUUCCAGCCUUAGUGCUUCUGCUGAUGUACUAGCGCUGUCAAAGAUUGAGAUCAAGUUAUCUGACAUUCCAGAAGGCAAGAACAUGGCUUUCAAGUGGAGAGGGAAGCCGCUUUUUGUGCGUCACAGAACCCAGGCAGAGAUUGAUCAGGAAGCUCAAGUUGAUCUGGCUACCUUGAGGGAUCCACAGCAUGACUUAGACAGAGUUAAGAAGCCAGAAUGGGUCAUACUCGUGGGUGUCUGCACCCAUCUUGGUUGUGUGCCCAUUGCCAACUCUGGGGAUUUUGGCGGGUAUUACUGCCCUUGCCAUGGGUCCCACUAUGAUGCCUCUGGCAGAAUCAGGAAAGGCCCUGCUCCCUACAACCUCGAGGUUCCCACUUACCAGUUCCUGGGUGAGGAUGUGGUGGUUGUGGGCUGAGUAACGGUAUGCUCACUCAGUUCCCAUGAAUGUGCACUCAGAAGGGUUAACUGAAAUUGUGGAGUUCUGUAAAACCAUACUAGCUGUCUAGGUUCGCAACCAGACGAUGUUUGAGUACUUCUGUGUUCAAUUUUAAAUAAAAACUUGGAGUGAGCGCAUGUUCCUGA